GACCCCAAGGCCAUUCACGAAAUGCAACAGCAAAUGGACAUGCGCAGAGAUUGCGAGCGUCUCAGCGCCGUCGCCACAGGAAAAAUCAGCUAGUAAGAGUAUGGAAGCGGCCAAAUGGUCCAAGAGAAGGCCAUUGAGGGAAUGUUUGGGCAUCUUCUUUGGAGUGCAGAUAUCCUCUGUGCAGCGCCAGCAAUGUCCAUGCAGGAGCCCUAUAGCAUUUGGAAGAUGACGAGGGCCAGAGGCAUCGCGGUGGAUGAGGCGGGCAGCAUUAGCCGCCCUGACUUAUACCGUGUCUGGGGCAGCACAAUGCUCCCUUGCCUCUUGGGCGGCGACGACAAGACGACAAGCAGCUCCCUCCGACGGUUAUGACGAUUGAUGAUAAAGAUAUCGAGGGCAACUAUAUCAACCGUCUGGUCCAGGACGCCAAGCUGUCAGCGCUAGAGUUCUUCAGGG